AGUUGAAAUUUUGUUCCGAUGCCGGUUGCAUGUGGUUUUAUUGGACUAUAUUUUGUAUUACAUAUCGUCAAUUUGUUUGUUAUUACAGAAAAAGGUCACUUGUUUUAGUCACUUUCAAUUGAAAAAUUAAACAACUUUGUCGGAAAAAUGUGCAGUGGAUAAACUGUGUCGCAAUUGUUUUAGGAUAAGUUUUGCACUUGUCUUCUGGGAAAUUUGGAUUUUAUCAUCUUAGGAAUUGGAUGUGACUCCACCAUGUGGUUGUUAGUGGCGUUGGGCGUGGUGGCGAGCGCGUCCCCCGCGCUCUCCGCCAGUUACUGCUCAACCAACACGUUCGCCACCAACACUUCCUGGAUGCACUUUAGCAAAGAACCGAUCUCCUACGAAUACGGCUUUCAAGACAAAUUCAAGAGCAUACACUGUUGCGUCAGAGGAUAUAGAAGUAUAGAAUGGUUCAAAGAUGGCGUGGCAUACCCAUGGUCGGCGGGCGUGUCGAACCUCAUCCUGUACCCAGAGGCAGCUAACCAGACGCUGUACACGCGGCGAGCAGCUCACACCGACUCCGGCAACUACACGUGCAGGCUCAGCAACGAAACACACAGCGAGACGCAUACAGUCAGACUUGAUAUUUUAGAAAAGCCCGCGGAUGCACCGAAAACAAUGUUCAUUUCAAAGGAUCAGUGGGUGGAGGAAGGGAGCGAACUACGGCUCUUCUGCGAAGCGCUUAUUGGACGGUUGUACUUAGCAGACGCUAGAAGUGACCUGCGCUGGUGGAAGGUGUGGCCGAACGGUACUGAGGGCGAUCUUUUACCCACACAGAUUGAGAUUAAAACUACAAGGGACGACGUGGAGGACAUCAUCGGCUCGUACCUGAGUAUAAAGAGCGUGUCUGCGCAGGACUACGGCGCGUACGUGUGCGUGGUGCGCAGCAAUGACGUCAUCUCGCGGAACUACGUCACCGUGCACUAUAGGGCUAACGGUCAAAGCGGCGACGGCGCUUGGUGCGCGGGCGGCGAGGUGCCGUGGCGCGCGCUGGCGCUGGGCGGCGCGGCGGGCGCCAUGCUGCUGCUGUCGCUGGUCGUGUUCCACAAGCACUGCACGCCGCGCCUGCUGCUCGCCGCCCGCCAUGCGCGCGCGCGCGCCGCCACGGCCGCACAUCGCGCGAGAGUUUUGGAAAAAGAAUUUGACGUGCUAGUAUGUUGGACAUCGGUGGACGGGGAGCUAGUGCGCGGCGCACUGCUGCCCACGCUGUCACUGAAGUACAAGUACCGCGUUCACACCGUCAUACUGUCCACGCAGCCCGACAACUGGUACAGCGAGUUGGUGGGUGAGGUUUCGCGCUGCCGGUCCGUGGUAGCUGUGCUGUCGCCCGCGCAGUACUCGCCGCCGCAGCUGCUCACGGCGUUGCGCCAGCUCAGCGCGCUGGCCGUGCCGCCGGUCGUCGUCUUACUGCAGGAUCUCCCGAAGCUGAAGCGCGAGGCGAAGGACGCGGGGUCGCGGCUGGUGGAGGUGCUGCGGCGCACACGGCUGGUGGCGUGGCGCCACGUGCACGAGCGCGCCUUCUGGACCGCGCUGCGCCUCGCGCUGCCGCUGCCGCCGCCGCCGCCGCACCAGCCCGCUAGAGAGGAUAAAUUAAGCACCAUCGAGACUGAGGAGAGUAAAAACUCUCGUUCGGGAAGUUUAACCGCGCUCGUGUGAAACACUCGGCGCUUGUGACGUUUGGUGUUACGGACACUCGCACAGCUCUGCAAAGCAACGAGGCAGUUACAUAUUGUGUAUAAAGUAGUGAUAGUGUGAGCGGGAAGGCCGCGGGACUUGUAUGGACAUCUGUGCCGCUAAAAAGUAUCAAGACUGUGAGUAGAUUAUUAAAAAGUACAUAUUCUGAUCACAUUUAAAAGGUAUUGUAAUUAGACGUAGGUAAACUCGAAAUCUGUAUACAGUUUUCUAAAGAUCUCAGUAUCUCUGUUUCUGAAGCUACUUACGAACUUUUUUCGUUUCUCUUUCUUGUGCCAAAGGGAAAUUUGCGAACAUGACAAUUAAUUAAUAUUUAAAUGUUUGGUUGUAUUCUAUUUAUUUUAUUUAUAUUUAGCGAUUGUGAGCUUUCGUAAAAAAUGAGUAUUAAAAGUAUUAUUUUCUAAGUGUUCUCUUUACUAUUCUGUUAAUCUUUCCUUUAUUCCUACUUUACUUUAAAAACUACGAAUUACAACAAAACGUGACGGUUUACAGGUCUGUGAUAAUCUAAAAUGUGGGAUGUGUAGAAUAGACAGCAGUGUGGAAAGUACCUAAAAAUAUAAAUCUUAAUAAAUACCGAAUUAACUUGACACGCUGUUGUUUUGUUAACUGUUUCAUACUUAUAAGAAAAUAAGUAUUGAUGUAAAUUGUUACAUAGUCUCCUCACUAUUGUAUUGUGUACACCUAAGUAUUUAAACCCGAAGAAGUGUAAUUUAUCUUUUGUAGUAUGAUAUACUCAUUACAUUCCAAAUUUAUUUUCUCUAUGAUGAUAGCGUUAAGUUGGUAUAAAAUUGUAAAAAAAUGCGAACAGAAAAAUAAAGCAAUUAAACAUAUUA